CUGACGCACGCGUAACGGGGCUGGGUCGGCUUUCAGUGGCUCGCUGGGCCAGGGGCGGAGGUUGCAGAAGCUCGCGCGGAGGGAGUAGGCGCGGCUGGUCUGCCAUGGCCGAGAACCUGUGCCGAGCCCGGGCCCGGUUGUACCCCCCAUCUGUGCUGUUCCUGCACCCGGACCUGGGCGUGGGCGGUGCCGAACGGCUGGUGCUGGACGCGGCGCUGGCGCUGCAGGAUUGCGGAUGUGAUGUGAAGAUAUGGACCGCGCACUACAACCCGAACCACUGCUUCUUGGAGACCCGCGAGCUCUCGGUGCACUGCGCCGGGGACUGGCUGCCCCGCAGCCUGGGCUGGGGCGGCCGCGGCGCCGCCAUCUGCGCCUACGUGCGCAUGGUCUUUCUGGCGCUCUACGUGCUGUUUCUCUCCGGCGAGGAAUUCGACGUGGUGGUGUGCGACCAGGUGUCGGCCUGUAUCCCAGUGUUCAAACUGGCCCGACGACGUAAGAAGGUCCUGUUUUACUGUCACUUUCCAGACCUGCUGCUUUCCAAGAGAAAUUCGGCGCUGAAGCGGUUCUACAGGGCCCCCAUUGACUGGAUUGAGGAAUACACCACAGGCAUGGCAGAUCGCAUCUUGGUCAACAGCCAGUACACAGCUUCUGUCUUCAAGGAAACCUUCAAGAGCCUGUCUCACGUAAAUCCUGAUAUCCUGUACCCGUCUCUCAACAUCGGCAGCUAUGACUUGGCUGUUCCUGAGAAGAUAGAUGACCUAGUUCCCAAGGGGAAACAGUUCCUGUUCCUCUCUAUCAACCGAUUUGAAAGGAAGAAAAAUCUGCCUUUGGCACUGAGCGCCUUAGUCCAGCUUCGUGGACGGUUGACAUCUCAAGACUGGGAGAGGGUUCAUCUGUUCAUGGGUGGUGGUUAUGACGAUAGAAUCCUGGAGAACGUGGAACACUAUAAGGAGCUGAAGAAAAUAGUCCAGCAGUCAGACCUUGAGCGCCAUGUGACCUUCCUGCCGUCCUUCUCAGACAGACAGAAGAUCUCACUCCUCCACGGUUGCUUGUGUGUGCUUUACACUCCGAGCAAUGAGCACUUUGGCAUCGUCCCUCUGGAGGCCAUGUACAUGCAGUGCCCAGUCAUCGCCGUUAAUUCAGGUGGGCCCUUGGAGACUGUCGUCCACAAGGUCACAGGGUUUCUGUGUGAGCCUGACCCAGUGCACUUCUCAGAAGCAAUGGAGAAGUUCAUCCACAAACCAUCCUUAAAAGUGAUGAUGGGCCUGGCUGGAAAAGCCAGGGUGGCAGAGAAAUUUUCUGCUGACGUAUUUGCGGAGCAGCUCUACCAGUAUGUCACCAGACUUGUGUAGUCAGGGGAGCCUCUGUGGUGCAGGGUCUGUAUGCUACAUGCACCGCAGCCCUCCUCAUGCGUUGUAGAAGCACGUCGGAAACUGAAAACAGGAGCUAGAACCUAGUGCUAGUGAGAUCUUUUUUUUUCUUAAGUAGACUUGAGUCUUGAACGUGAGCCACCUGUCCACCACACCUACCUGUUGUUUUCUGAAACUGCCCUUAAUGCUGUAAUCAUUCCAGAUCUCAUCAGUGUUGUUGAAAGAAUGCUAGCAAUCAGCUGCUGGCAGACUAUUUUAAUUCUAUUUUUCUGGAUUAUUGUUCCUUUAUAUAUAAAGGUUUAAUCGUCCAGUGCCUUAAUUGGCUUUAAUAGUUGAGGUCUUACAUUGUCACAGCUAAUUGAUUUGACUUCAGAGUGUAAUGGGAACAGGGCUAUUUCGGUUCCCUCACUCAGUUCACUUAGAGUGUUCUCUAUUAGCUGCUAGGAAGUUUUUGUUUGAAUUUUGCCUGGAUGCAUAACAAGAGCACUCAGUAUUAUUUAUUGGUUGGGGGGGGUCGUUUUGUUUUGUUUUGUACUGCAACUGAACAAUAAAAGAUAUUUGGGGGUUGGGUAUUUACCUCAGUGGUAGAGCGCUUGCCUAGCAAGCACAAGGCCCUGGGUUCG